CGGUUUCACACUCUUUGGCAUGGCGGCGGCUUAUUACGUCCACGAGACCAGUGGCGGUCGCGAGGGUCCAUUUACGCUCCCGGAGCUGCAAGCUGCCUUCGCUGCUGGCCGAGUCCACAGCACGACGCUGCUGUCGAGCGACGACGACCCGGCUGAGCAUGUGCUGGUGGACCGGCCGUCGCUGCAUGCGAAAAUGCCCAUGCACGGACAAGCCAUAUGGGCCACUCCACUCGGUCCCGCGCGCACGAGUCCGUCCAAGUUGAUGCCGCGACCGCCGCCUCCACUGGCCAAACGUGGCACUUCGAUCGAGUCAAGCAACGAAGCGAGCAACUCCAAGUGUCACGCGACAAGCCUAGGCAUUCUAGGAUACUCACCGCCAGAGCCAAACCAGACAAGUCAUGCGGAAAACACGUCGAACCAAGAGCUCGUGGAGAACGACGGUGCCUUAGCGUGGUGGGCAAAUCCAAUGGAUGGCUAUACACUUGUGCGAAUUGUCGAAACCCAGCCUCCGAAUCUCGUCGUGCGGCCCCUUUACGAACCAGCAGCGACGUCGUCGUGCGUUGUGGUGGCAGCCGCCGCAGUGGUCCAGCUUGCGUCGCUGCCACCAUCGUCGUCGUCGGUCGACAACCUCGUGCACUUGGGCUCUUCGGAGGAGGCUGGGGCGUUGCAUUGCCUUAAGCGGCGCUUUCUCCGCCACCAUAUUUACACCAACGUGGGCAAGUUGCUCGUGUCCAUGAAUCCGUUUCAGAAACUUGCUGCCCCAGAGACCCUGCUUCAGCAGUACACGCAACCCACCCACGUCGAGAUGCCGCCGCAUGUGUACCAAGUAGCGGCGGCGGCAUUCGAAGCUGCUUUGAGAUGUGCGACAUCGCAGUCAAUAGUCAUCUCUGGCGAGAGUGGGUCGGGCAAGUCUGAAGUCACGAGACUGUGCAUGCAGUACUUUUCCAGGGUGACUGGCCACGACGGCAUCAAUUUGGAGGGCAUGUUACUCGCGUGUAGUCCCAUCUUGGACGCGUUCGGCAACGCCACUACCAUGCACAAUGCAAAUUCCUCACGAUUUGGUAAACUGGUCAAGUUGCAGCUGAAUGCAUCUGGAAAGAUCGAUGGCUGUACCGUGACGUCGUACUUGCUGGAGAAGUCGCGACUAACUCGGGUGGAAGGUCGCGAGCGCAACUACCACAUCUUCUACCAACUGUGCGCAAAUAUGGAACACAGCACCGCGGCAGGCGAGUUUGCCUUUCUUGGGCAAGUUGGCGCUACACAAGAAGACAAGGCCGCGUUCGGGGUGACCAUGGCAGCGUUGGAUGCGCUGGGGUUCACACCUGCUGAAAAGGAAGGCGUUGUGGCCAUCUGCAAAGGCAUCUUAUACCUCGGCAAUGUGCACUUCCACACCAACGAGUUGUUGCCCCAGAAGGCACUGCAACAAGCUGCCGCAGUACUGCAAUGCCUUCCACAAACCCUCGCCACGAGGCUAAGUGUCCGACGGCUCAAAGUCCGCGGCGAGACGAUGGACAUGCCACUGGACAAGGAGCACGCGUCGGACGCCCGAGACGCCUUGGUCAAAGCCCUGUACAGCCGACUAUUUCACUGGUUAUUACAGCGCAUCAAUGCCACCAUGAUGAAGCAUGCCACGUCACCGCGGAGCCACAUUUUGCUCGUCGACAUUUUUGGGUUUGAAUCGUUCGACCGCAACGGAUUCGAACAAUUGUGCAUCAACUUCGCCAACGAAAAACUGCAGCAGCUGUUCCACACGGUGGUGUUUGACGACGCCUUGGACCGAUAUCGACGUGAAGGACUGGACGUUCCGAAGUUUGAGCUCCCGUACAAACAACUAGAGGUGCUCGAGGUAUUGGACAGCAAGCCCAAGGGUAUCUUCACGUUGCUAGACGACGAAGUGUCCAUUCCAAAGUCAUCCGAGUAUUCGCUGCACUCGAAGCUUGUCACAGCGCACGGCAAGGCGUCGACCGUGUUCAAGGCCGGAAAGUCCACAUUGACGUUUACUUUGGUUCACUACGCCCUGCCAGUCACGUACGACUGUGCCGACUUGCUGGCGAAAAAUAAGGAUCACGUGGCAGACGACAUCUUGGAGUUCUGCCAUCAGGAAUGCAUGUCCUUGCUUGGAGAAAUGGCGCCCCCUAGUCCCCCCACCACGAGGGGCGACGCCACCAUCAGCGCAACCUUUCGACGGCAACUGAAGGAGCUGUUGGCACGACUCAAGGACACGUCGAUUCACUUUAUCCGGUGCAUCAAACCCAACCACGAUCAAGUUCGUGACGUGUUCGACGGACCGUACGUCCUGGACCAGCUGCGUCAAAUGGGGAUCUUACAAGCAUUGGCGCUGCACCACGAUGGCCUGCACCCGUUCCAAGAGUCCCACGAGUUGUUUUACCAUUCAUAUCGUGUAAUAGCCCCCCCUACCGAAUCAACGACAGGUGACACACCACAAGUGAUUCCGAUGGCAGAGCGAUGCCGCGACCUCAUUCAGCACUUUCCCCACCCCGGGGGGUUCGCUGUGGGGAUAACGAGUGUAUUUAGCUCGUUGGAGAUGCACCAGUGGCUCCGUCGCCAGAGGAUCGCCGUGGAAGGUGCAGCAGUGACGAUCCUUCAGGGGGUGUGGCGGCGAGCAGUGUGGCGACUUGCAUGUCGACACGUUGGCCAGAGCAUGGCUUUGCUCCAUGACGUGGCAUCCCUGGAUGAUGCCACCUUGUCACAGCACGUGCAACAUGCCACCGACUUGGUGAAACGAUUCCCGACUUGUUACUUGUCUCGCCGUCUACUGCUUCAAUGCCACGAGGGCCAAAUGCACUUGGAACGGCACCGCCGUCAACACGAUUUACUCCUUCGCAUCCAGCAGCCCCGGCACGAUUUAGAGGCGAUGGAAGCGGACUUGGCAUUGUGUGCAAAAUGGCGACUGGAGGCUGACCCUCAUGUCAUCGCCUUCACGGCCGCGUAUCAUCGCCUGCAGACUGAGCGGCAGGCGGUGGUUCAAGUGACCCUCAUGCUUCGGUCCAAGGUCAUCCACGUCGCCACGGUGGAGAAGGCGCUUCGAUCGCCCAUGAUAUCGGCACAGGUGGCGGAACGAGCUCGGGCGGCGUUGCAGGAAACGGCCACCGAGUCGACAGACGUUCUCGCGCUGGCGGAUGCGAUUGCGAACUCUGCCGUCACUGUAUCGACAUUGCAGUCGAACUUUGUCACAUGGACAAGCACCCCUGUGGACGACCUUGUCACAGCAUUGCAGACAAAACGCAUGUGGAGCACAUCGUUGCAUGCGACGUUGCAACUGUGCCACAACUUGGGCAAACUUCGGGCAACUUUACGGAUCAUGGCGCAGCACACUGCCAUGGAAGGCCUUGCGACUUUGAAAACGUGCAUCGCAGUGGCUGUGCCAACCGAUGCCGAUACCAGCAUCACUUCCACGUGGCACAACGAGGUGGCACUGGCUCGGCACAUUGUCGACGAGUAUGACCGUAUGCACAAGCUGCUGGCCAAAGCGUGGCUGUGCAAAGUGCCCCAAGAAGGGGUCUUCUUCGACCUCUGCGACCAAAUGGCCGAGGUCUCGUUGAAAUUUGGAAUCUCGUUCGACCCCACUCUUGUGCGCGAAGCACAGUCUAUGCUCGAGGCCAUCCGCCAGGAAAAGCUGUUUGUGAGCGAAGUCGAGAGCUUGAUCGCGGUUUGUCCAGACUUUGCGGCGAAGUCGCACAUCCACAUUGACCGCCUAACACACUUGGGCAAUGUGUUUGAGUUGGCGCCACUGUACGACAAGACCGAGAUCGCGGCCAACGUGUGCUUGCUGUUAAGCCAGUUGCGUCGGGCGGCUAAAGACUUGUUUGAGUGCACGUCGUUGGGGACUGUCGACGCGGCGUGGAGUAAAGUGCAGGGCAUUCUCAGCGCGGGUCAUCGCCAGUUCGACCUGCUCGCGUCCGACAAGUGGUUUCGAACGAUGUCGCAUGCGUUGGAAAUGGAGCAGCAAGCCGCCACGGACCUCGUCGACUUUAAGCGGAUGUCUGUUCGAGUAGCCAAGCAGCUGCAGCUUGCACUUGCGUCCAAAUCUUACGAGGCGCUGGUCAAAGGACUGGGCCAAGUGGAUCGUCACCACCUACAUCGAGACUACACGUUGCGGGACCUCGUACUUCGCGCCAAGGAUGCCGUCCAAGCUUCCAAGAACAUUCGCCACGAGCUGCGUCACGCGAUUGAUCUCAAGUCCCCGGAUGUCCUCGAACAUGCCCUUUCCAAGGCGAUGAGCAUGCAAGUGCAUUCGCGCCUUGUGAAGCGCGCGGCGCGGCUAUUGAAGAGCUUGAAGCAGUUGGAGCUCGAGUUUGCCCUAUGUCAGUUUGACAUUGACACUGCCCGACUUGCAGAGAUUGCUCGGCGGGGUGCGAAGCUCCAUCUUCCGUCGCCCGCCCUAACCAGGGUUGAAGGCCUGCUUCAGAUGUCGCGCGACAAGUUUCUACAGGAACAGCUAAAGUGGGCCAUUCACCAAAACGCGCCGGCAGCCGACGUGCUGGGCAUCACGUUGGCCCUCAAGCACGAGUUCUUUCAACACUGCGGCGACAUAUUUGACAUGCAGCACUUUCCACGACUUCGCGACCCCACCAAGUGCUUGUUGCUUCCGGCCACCAUCUCCUCCGCCGAACGUCCGGCCCUCACCACGUCGCUGACGGACCUCGACGCAGCCGAAACCAAGUGCGCCGUCCAAAUAUCGAGGUGGAUUCACGGCUACGUGGGUGCUCAAGACCAAAAUGACCUCUACCCCCUCCGCUAUGCCCACAGUUUAGUGCACACGGGUCUGUCCAGCCGUCGCCUCGCAGACGAAAUCUACGUGCAACUCGUGCAGCAGCAAGGGCUAUCCGCCGCUCAUGUUGAUGCCUCAUGGCGUGCCACCAAGGUAUGGGGCUUGCUACAGCUGUGCGUGUCCACGUUCUCGCCGUCAGACAGUUGUUGGAACUACCUCGAAUACUUCCUUCGGCGCCACGACAAGCUGCCCUUGGUGACACAACUCCACGCCCCCAAGCCCCCCGCCUUGACUUCCCCCAGUCUGGCGACGUUGUACCGAUUAUUGGCUCCUACGUCCCUUCGGUCGGACGGAUGGGCCAAGGUGACGCGGGUGCGGCACCCACGCCGCCGUCGCAAGUGGCUCGUGUUGGAAGGCACGACGUUGUACAUGUUCAAGGACGACUCUGUCAAGCGCGAUGCUAUUGCGGCCAUGGAUGUGCUGGACAUCGACAUUCAAACCCACGCCGAACAUGGCACGUAUUCGAUCGUGUUGCCGUGGCGAUGUGGUUCCGACACUUGGACUUUGUAUCUCGAGUCCCUGGACGAACACUCGAGAUGGCACCACGCCCUCCACGGCGCCAAGGUGGCAUAUUGGCACAGCGUCAUGUCGGGUCGAUGACCGACGAAUGUGUCGGCAGACUGUGGCUAGAUGUACAGGGCGCGAUGGUUUGAUUAAUAACCUGUUGUUGGCUGUAUCAACCUCGCAAUAAUGUCGAAUGCUUGUGGAUUGAAACAAUCGAUAGUAUAUGCAAGUCUCAAAACGGAAAGUCAUACAGUAUGAUCCUCAAUGGGACAAUUACUCGGAUUUCCAUCAAUCAUGGCGCAACUUCUGUAGCCAAAUAUUCACCGAACUCGCUCGAUCUGGUCGAGGCGGCAAUGUACUUUUGGCAUACGAGGUCUUAGCCAAAUCGCAGGGGGGCGGUGCGUUUGCCCAUUUGAGGGGAUGACGUGGGCGAGGACGGCUCGUGUUGGUUGUUGCACACUGGCAUAAGAGCUGUUUGCUGUAGCGACUCGAUGUGCUGUUUGAGCUUGACUACCCGGUCCUCUUCGCGGGUGAGAUCUCGUCCUGCGGCGCGCAACAGAGCCUGCAGUUCGUCGUUGUCGGCUUGGAGCUGACGCAUGGUUUUGUCUUGGGCUGAGAGCUUAGUGUUGGCUUCGUCCAGGCUGGCGGCGAGACGUUGAUUUUCGUCCUCGUGAGUUUGAUUGCAUUUCGACUGUGUAUUGCCUUCGUUGGUGGCUACACGCUGAUGAUGCGAAUGGGGGAAGCUGGUGGCUGGAGCAGGUGUAAUCGACUUUGCACAAGGUUGCGCCAUAAACAACGCGAACUGCUUCGUGAGGUUGCCAACGUCGUCUUGAAGCGUCUUGAUCAGGGCCAUUUGUGCGUUGCCCAGAGCUUCCAAGCGAAGAACUUGCACCGACGUCAUAUCUGAUGGCCGAGGUGGCCGCGAUGGUGCUGACUCUAGGCGGGAACGCUCUGGCUCGCUUUGAUUGUCUCCAUCGAUACUGGGAGUGCUGACUUGUGGUGUCAAGCCUUCGUCGGGGCAUUUUUGGAUUGGUAUGGAUCGCCACUCGACAGUGUUGUCUUGGCUAGCAAAAAUUGUUGGUCGAGCCGUCCACCGCCGUCGGUUGGAUGUGGUGGGUGGUAACGAGGGUGGUGGUGGGCCCUUCUUCGAAGCUGACGGAGGAUGAAGGUGGAUGCAUGGCAUGUUCCGCUUGACGCUGCUCGACGUCGCACGCAUGUACGACGGGACGAGGCGCGGCGCCGGAUCCAUCGCGAAAUGUAUUUUUAAACUUGGGU